AUGUGUUCCAAAUGCUUUAAGGAAUGCAAUGCAAAGAAUGGACAAAAAUCCAUUGCUACACCUACUUCUGAGCAAGUCUUACCUCAAUCCAGUCCUCCGAUUCCUACUGAAGAUCAACCAAGCCAACAUACACGACCGGUUCAAUCUAACAAAGCUCGUUGUUUCAUGUGUCGGGCCAAAAUCCCUUUAGCUAAGCAAACUAUUAAUAAAUGUCGAUGCGAGUAUGUUUUUUGUGAUACCCAUAAAGUACCCGAUAAGCACGAUUGUGACUUUGAUUUCGCCAAGAUGGGUAAAGAUAUUUUGGCAAAGAACAAUCCGAAGUUGAAUGAAGUGCACAAAGGUGGACGUUCUUUCAACAGAAUUGACUAA